CGGCCACGUGCGCGUGUGAUCAGCUGUGCUCAGAUGAUGGGGGACUCUCGGCAGAUGGUCGAGGAGCUGCUGGCACUGGUUCUUCAGAGGAUCAACAUUGAAGAGAGCAGCAUGGCCGUUGAGCGAGAAUUCCUUGACGUGGUGAAGAACUUUGAGGCAGUGAGGAAGCGCUGGCUUCAUGCCGAGCUGGAGCUGAAGAAGUACAAGGAGCUGCUAGUGAAGUCCGAUGUGGCAAAAGCUUCUCUGGAGAUCAAACUUAAACAUGCUCGGAACCAGCUGGAUGUGGAGAUGCAGAAACGGCACAAAAUCGAGGCAGAUUAUCAGUAUCUGAGCAGGCAGAUGCAGCUCAUGUGUGACAUCCUGGUCCAGGACAGUAAAUCCAGUGCCUGUCUGAAUGAUGAGCAGAAAUCCAUCUUGGCCACGUUCAACCACCGAGGAGGCAACACCACACUGCACAGGAGCAGCAAGCGCAGGUUGUCAGUGAUUGACGAGUCGUCCUUCCUGUCUCACUCCGACAUUAGCUACGAUUGCACUGAUGACGAUGUGGACUUGAACACAACUCUGAUCAAACCUCUGAGGUCUCGAGCCAGAGAGCGUAGGCGGUCUUCCAUGGGCCCAGUGAUUGGUGGCCCCGUUGGGAAGCGUAGCAGAAGUGGAAAUGUCUCUGCUGAGCUUCUGGACAGAAAUACUGUUGAGAAGGAGGUGGAAACCAUUGUGAAGGCAUCCGUGACAACUCCUGAUGCAGGGCAACAGAUCCACAUGGUUCUGGAAUUUACACAGGAGACCCCUGAUAAAGCAGUUCGAUCAAUCACCCAGGAGUGUGCCGUCUCAGUAGGAGGAGGGGGAAGAGAAGGAGGAGACCAAACCUCUUUUUGGAGUUCCAACAACGACAUGUUGGUGGAACUUGAAGCUCCUCUGGAGGAAAGAGACUUUCCCACCGUUGAACCUCAGAAUACUUUAAGACAUGUAUUUGUGUCUAAAACGGUGAUCCGGCCAGAGACCUGCGCUCCAUGUGGAAAGAGGAUUCGUUUUGGAAAAAUGGCUGUAAAGUGUAGGAACUGUCAGCUGGUAGCUCAUUCAGAAUGCAAACAGAAGUUCCCAAACGGCUGCUCAUCCCCCAGUGCUCGGAUAGGAAGUGGAGCUCAGAUGGACUCCUUGGAGGCUUUUGCUCCAUUGACUCAUCCCAAAAUUCCUCAGCUCAUCGUAGACUGCGUGGCUGAGAUUGAGAGAAGGGGCUUGCAAGAGAAAGGUCUGUAUCGGGUUCCUGGAGGGGAACGUCCUUUGAGGGAUCUUAGAGAGCAGAUCCGUCGGGGGAAACCAUCUCUAAUGCUUCAUAAAGUCCACGACAUCCAUGUAGUAUGUGGGCUCUUGAAGGACUUCUUGAGGAGACUGAAGGAACCAUUAAUCACCUUCAGGCUACAUCAGACCUUCAUGGAAGCUUCAGAAAUGGAUGAGGACAAUGGUUCUGCUGUCCUGUAUCGGGCCAUAUCAGAGCUACCAAAGGUCAAUAGAGACACCCUGGCUUUCAUCAUGAUUCACCUACACAAGGUGAUGAGGAGUCCUCACUGUCAGAUGGACAAAAAAAACAUAGGCAGAGUGUUUGGACCUGCCAUUGUGGGUCACAGCAUGCCUGAACCAUCUCCAUCAACCAUUUUGAGAGAUUCUGCCGUCCAGCCAAAGGUUGUCUGCUUCCUACUAUCCCUUCCCGAGGAUUACUGGAGAAAAAUCCUCACCAUGGAAGCGGACCAGAACCCAUCUGCAUCCUCUUCCAGUAAGAUCACUUGAGGUCGUUUCUUUCAGCCACUGACCUCUCCAGAAAUAAACAACUUAAACAAAAUCACGAGUCCUGGAUCUCUGCGUGGAAGAAUCAAACACAUGGGGAACGCCUCCAGCAGCAAAGAUGGACAGACACUAGGAAGUAGAUUCUUUACUUCACCCAACUAACCAACAUUGAAGCUCCGAC